AUGUCCCAAGACGCGUUCAGUUCUCAUGUCCAAGCUGCUAUCGACUCUGCUGUCGGUAGCAAGGCUAUCGAUGUCUACGCCUAUCUCGAAGGUGCCAAGAAGCCUGUCAUUGAAGAGGUGGUCGAGGAUUUAAAGCCAAACAAAUCUGCCGCUCCCAAUGAGCAACAAUCCGAGGUAGCCAAUGCUCCUGCUCCUGCCGCUAUUGACCUCCAAGAUGCCAUCAACACUGCUGUUGAGAAUGUUGUCGGUUCUCCUGCCGUGGAUGUACAUGCCUACCUUGACAAGACCAACUCCACAGAAGAAGCCAGCAAGGAGAUCGUCGCUAAAUCCGUUCCCGAAGUCGCCGCCGUCCCUGCCGCUGCUGAUGAAGAGGCUGUUGAAGCCAAGGCUGAUCUGGUAGAUGAAAUCAAAGAAACCGUACCUGAAGUAGAGGCUGCUGCCGUGGAUGAAACCAAGGAGGAAGCUGUGGAAGCCAAGCAUGAUGUCGUUGAGGAAAUCAAGCAAGCCGUUCCCGAAGUCGCUCCUGUCCCUCCCGUCGCUGAAUCAAAGGCUGCUUCCGUUGAUUUAGCUGCCGCUGUCAGCUAUGCUGUCGAUUCUGUUGUUGGUUCACCCGCCGUUGAUGUCUACAGCUAUUUAGAAAAGGCCAACAAGCCCACCCUCGUUGAAAAGGUCGAGCAGGGCGUUGAAAAAGUAAAGGAAGAGGUUGCCGAGGUAAAGAAUGAGGUCGUGGAGGAAGUAAAGGAAAAAUCUCGUGAAAUCAAGCCCACCCCUGAGCCAGAGCAACCUGCUGUAGAGGCAAAGGAAGAGUUGAUCGAAGAAAUCAAGGAAUCCGUACCUGAAGUUGCACCUGCUGCUGUUGAUGAGACCAAGGAAGAGGCUGUUGAGGCAAAGGAAGAUGUUCUUGAGGAGAUCAAGGAAGUUGUCCCAGAGGUUGCCCCUGUUGCAACUGAGCAAACCAAGCGAGAUGUUGUUGAUACCGAGGAGGAAGUCGUUGAAGCCAAGGAAGAUGUUCUCGAAGAAAUCAAGGAGACCGUGCCUGAAGUUGCACCCGCUGCUGUUGAUGAGAUCAAGGAAGAGGCUGUUGAGGCAAAGGAAGAUGUUCUUGAGGAGAUCAAGGAAUCUGUCCCUGAAGUCGCACCUGCUGUUGUCGCUACUACCGAGACCAAGCAAGAACCCCCAGUUGAUUUGCAGUCUGCCGUUGAUUAUGCUGUCAAGUCUGUCGUUGGCUAUGGUGCUGUUGAUGUAUAUGCUUAUUUGGAGAAGGCCAAUCCUACCGUUUCCAAGAAGGAGACCGCUACUACUGCCACCACUGCAGUUCAAGAUCUCGGUGCUCAAGCUCAACAAUUGACCGAAACUGUCCGAUCUGCUGUUGUCGAUGACAAGGAGCAAGCUUCCACUGUGUCUGACAUCAAGACCGAUGUUCUCAAUUUGGCUGAAUCUGCCAAGGUUGCUGCUGUUGCCACUGUCUCUGCUGCUACUGCUGGUGCCGCAUCUCUUUUGCCUACUUCUGCUACAAAGUCUAGCCCUGACCAAGCCGAAAAUGACGUCAAGCGCGAUAUUGAAACUACUGAAACUGAGACUAAACCCCUUGUUCAACAAGCCAAGGAUGCUAUGGUCGAAAAUGCAACUGCCGCCAAAGCUACUGUUGACGCUACUGUCGAGGAAGCCAAGGAACAAGCACCUGUUAUUCAAAAGAGUAUUGAUGAUAAGGUAGAGGCUGUCAAGGCUCCUAUUGUUGAGACUAUUCAAGAAGCAAAGGAACAAGCACCUGUCAUUCAAAAGGAUAUCGAUAACAAGGUCGAGUCUGCCAAGGCUGCUGUCAAUGCUACUGUUGAGGAAGCCAAGGAACAAGCUCCUGUCAUUCAAAAGAGUGUGGAUGCUAAGGUAGAAGCUAUUAAGGCUCCUGUUGUUGAAACCAUUCAAGAAGCCAAGCAACAAGCUCCCGUUAUUCAAAAGAGUGUGGAUGAUAAGGUUGAAUCUGCAAAGGCUGCUGUUGGUGCCACUAUUGAAGAGGCCAAGGAACAAGCACCUGUUAUUCAAAAGAGUGUCGAUGAUAGGGUGGAUGCUGUCAAGAAUGAGAUUCCUGCUGUGCAAGAGCAAAUCAAGAGCACUGUUGCUGGUUCCUCUGUUCAAAAGCCUGAGCCUGCUGUUCCCGUCCCUGUUGCUGCUAGUCAAGUCAACCCUAUUCACCCAGAGACACCUGCUGCACCCGUUGUACCUGCCACUGCCGCACCUGCUGCCCCUGUUCCUGUUGCUGCUGUUCCUGUAUCAUCUCCUGCUGCCGCUGCUGCUGAACCAGAGCAUAAGCCUUUGCCAUCCAAGCCUGCUGAGGAAAAGGGCAGUAAAUGUACUAUUAUGUAA